UAAUGUUCUGUUCACUUCUCAAUGCAGGGCGAUUCUAUGCAGGCAGCAGAGGACUCCCCAUUUUCUGAUUCGGUUACCCUGGAGCAAACAACAAGUAAUAUUGGAGUGUCUAGUGGUCGGGUCAGUCUCUGGAUGCAGUGGAUGUUACCCAAAGUUACAAUAAAACUCUUUGCUGUGGACCCUGCAAACAAUGGAACAAAGAUCUGUGUAGUUAGUGAACUGGAGGACCUCAAUGCUUCUGUUGAUGUCCAAGAUGUCUAUACUAAAGUCAAAUGUAAGAUUGAAAGUUUCAACAUUGAUCAUUAUAGGAGCAGUCUUGGUGAAAACUGUUGGUGUCUGGGGCAAUAUGGCGGCGUUUUCCUUUCAUGUACCGACAAGCUGAACAGACGCACCACAUUGGUUCGACCCGUCAGCAAGCAAGACCCCUUCAGUAACUUUUCUGGCUUCUUCCCUUCUACCACAGCAAAACUAUUAGAGAGUUCCCACCAACAGCAUGGCUUUCUUUCUCUCACAUACACCAAAGCUGUGACCAGGAAUGUCCGCCACAAGUUGACCACAAGAGGCGAAAGGACUUCUCGGAGCUUUCAGAAACUUUCUGAAGGUUCAUCGGAUGGUUCCCCUCACUUCCUUCAUGAAAUCUUAAUUUCAGCGCAAGCCUUUGAUAUUGUACUAUUUUUUUCCCUUUGCUUAAUGCAAUUUCCAGUAUUUUUGAAGCUAGACGACCUCGAAGUCAGAAGGAGAAACAUAAAUCAUCUGGGCAGCCCAUGAGGUCACACACGCUAACCUCUCGAAGUCUACCACUUAUCUAC